CUGCUCGUCAGCGCAGACCAGGCGCAGACAGCUGAGAGUCAUGUGACCUGACGUGUCGGCAGCAUGGCGGCGCUGAGCUGAGGCAGCGACUCCACAGGACUGACACCGAUAGUCUGGCGCUCGUUAGCUUUCCUGUCACCGCGGGGCCCGGCCGAACAUGACGGCCUGAGAGAGGAGCCGCAACAAGACCCGAGAGAUGCAGCAGCAACUACCACAGCCCCGGCCACCAGCUCCAGCACCUCCGCAGCAGCAGCCGCCGCAGCACUACUCGCAGUCGAAGGCAGAAAACAGCAAAACCAAGAGCAUGUUUCUGUCCCGGGCGCUGGAGAAGAUCCUCUCCGACAAGGAGGUGAAGAGGAGCCAGCACAGCCAGCUGCGCAAAGCCUGCCAGGUGGCGCUCGAUGAAAUCAAGGCAGAGCUUGAUAAACAAAAGGAUGGAUCAGUGGUCCCACCCAGAGCCAACUACAUUGAGGCCGACAAAUAUGUGCUGCCCUUUGAGUUGGCCUGUCAGUCAAAGUCCCCCCGGAUAGUUAGCACCUCUUUGGACUGUCUGCAGAAGCUGAUCGCGUACGGCCACAUCACAGGCAACGCCCCGGACAACAGAAGCCCAGGCAAAAGGCUGAUUGAUCGCCUGGUGGAAACAAUCUGCAACUGCUUCCAAGGCCCGCAGACUGAUGAGGGAGUCCAGCUACAGAUCAUCAAGGCCCUGCUGACUGCAGUGACCUCCCCGCACAUAGAGAUCCACGAGGGCACGGUGCUCCUCACCGUCAGGACUUGCUACAACAUCUACCUGGCCAGCCGCAACCUCAUCAACCAGACCACCGCCAAGGCCACGCUCACACAGAUGCUCAAUGUUAUCUUCACACGCAUGGAGAACCAGGCCGCUCUGGAGGCUCAGGAGCAGGAGAAGGAGAGGCUGCGACCACCCCAACAGAACCCAUCUCCAGUCCCUGGUAAUCAGAGGUCUGGCUCCCCCUGGUCCGACCGGACGCCCACCCCAGAGCCGCAAGGCUCGCCUUCUCCAGCAACCAGUACUCCAGACCUCACAACCACCAAUACCACCAGCUCAACACCCCAACCAUCAGCCCCUGACGUGGAACAGGAUCAACCACCAGACACAGCAUCAAUUAAUGAAGAACCUGAGAACGGCAACAAUAUGAUGAAUGGAGGAGAAGAACAGGCCACACCAUCAAGAGAUGAAGGUGCAGAGACGCCUCCUACUGCAUCACAGCCAGCUGUAGAGGGGGACAAACCAGAGAGCAAUUCAGAUCCAGCAGAUCCAGCAGAGUCAGCGAUGACUGAAGGAGAGGAGGCAGAGCAACAGCCAACACAGAUACACAGUGGAACAGGAGACGAGCACCCAGCCCACCCUGUCACGGAGCAGACAGAGGCGGCCCCCACCACAGUCAGAGCAGAGGGCCAGCAUAUGAAUGGCAUCAUUGAGGACCGAUCCUCUGUGUCGUCCACAGAUAUGCUGGAUGCAGAGACCCUGCAGGGAGCCAACAACGCUGCACGAUUCUCACACAUCCUCCAGAAGGACGCUUUUCUGGUGUUCCGCUCGCUCUGCAAACUCUCCAUGAAGCCACUUGCUGAUGGACCUCCAGACCCAAAGUCCCAUGAGUUGCGGUCCAAGAUUGUCUCCCUACAGCUGCUGCUCUCUGUGCUGCAGGGCGCCGGGCCAGUGUUUCGCACUCAUGAGAUGUUCGUCAAUGCCAUCAAACAGUAUUUAUGUGUGGCACUUUCCAAAAAUGGUGUGUCCUCAGUGCCUGAGGUGUUUGAGCUGUCCCUGGCUAUCUUCCUCACCCUGCUCUCCCACUUCAAGGUCCACCUGAAGAUGCAGAUUGAGGUGUUUUUUCGGGAGAUUUUUCUGACUAUCCUGGAGACGUCGACCAGCUCCUUUGAGCACAAGUGGAUGGUUAUCCAGACACUGACACGCAUCUGUGCAGAUGCCCAGUGCGUGGUCGACAUCUAUGUAAACUACGACUGUGACUUGAACGCGGCAAACAUUUUUGAGCGCCUCGUCAACGACCUGUCUAAGAUUGCUCAAGGCAGGAGUGGUCAGGAGCUUGGGAUGACUCCUCUGCAGGAGCUGAGUCUACGUAAAAAGGGUUUGGAAUGUCUGGUUUCCAUCCUCAAGUGUAUGGUCGAGUGGAGCAAAGACAUGUACAUCAAUCCAAACCUUCAAGCUAACCUGGGCCAGGAGCAUCCGUCUGAUAGUGACGGAGGAGAGUUGAAGCUCCCAGAGCAGCUGGUUGGACGUCGAGAUAGCAUCAGCUCGCUGGACUCCACCGUCUCCUCCAGCAUCAAUGUUUCUCAGGCCGACCAUCCAGAACAGUACGAGGUCAUCAAACAGCAGAAGGACAUCAUCGAGCACGGAAUCGAACUGUUCAACAAGAAGCCAAAGCGAGGUGUACAGUACCUGCAGGACCAGGGCAUGCUGGGAUCCACAGCUGAGGACAUCGCCCAGUUCCUACACCAGGAGGACAGACUGGACACGACCCAGGUGGGAGAGUUCCUGGGCGAGAAUAUCAAGUUCAAUAAAGAAGUGAUGUACUGCUACGUGGACCAGCUGGACUUCUGCGGACGGGACUUUGUCUCGGCUCUCAGAGCGUUCCUGGAAGGCUUCAGACUUCCUGGUGAGGCCCAGAAGAUUGACAGGCUGAUGGAGAAGUUUGCUGCUCGAUACUUGGAAUGCUACCAGGGACAGACUCUGUUUGCCAGUGCAGACACUGCCUACGUGCUGGCAUACUCCAUCAUUAUGCUCACCACAGACCUGCACAGUCCUCAGGUAAAGAACAAAAUGACAAAGGAGCAGUACAUCAAGAUGAACCGUGGUAUUAAUGACAGUAAAGACCUGCCAGAAGAAUAUCUAUCUUCUAUAUAUGAUGAGAUCGCAGGCAAGAAGAUUGCCAUGAAGGAGAGCAAAGAGUUUUCAAUCACCCCAAAGUCCACCAAGCAGAGUGUGGCCAGCGAGAAGCAGCGUCGUCUGCUGUACAACGUGGAGAUGGAGCAGAUGGCAAAGACUGCUAAAGCGCUAAUGGAGGCCGUCAGCCAUGCUCAGGCUCCCUUCUUCAGCGCCACACACCUGGAGCAUGUCAGGCCUAUGUUCAAGCUGGCGUGGACCCCCUUGCUUGCAGCAUUUAGCGUGGGACUGCAGGACUGUGACGACCCAGAGGUGGCCUCACUGUGUCUGGAGGGCAUCCGAUGUGCCAUCAGGAUCGCCUGCAUCUUCAACAUGCAGUUGGAGCGAGAUGCGUACGUCCAGGCCUUGGCCCGAUUCACCCUGCUGACGGCCAGCUCCAGCAUCACGGAGAUGAAGCAGAAGAACAUUGACACCAUCAAGACCCUGAUCACUGUGGCUCACACAGAUGGAAACUACCUGGGCAACUCCUGGCACGAGAUUCUGAGAUGUAUCAGUCAGCUGGAGCUCGCCCAGUUGAUCGGCACAGGGGUGAAGACGCGCUACAUCUCAGGGGUGGUGCGGGACAAAGAGGGCGGCAUUAAGGGCUUACCCUCCGGCACAGAGGAGUUCAUGCCAUUGGGCCUGGGAAACCUGGUGGGAAGUCAGGACAAGAGACAGAUGGCUCAUAUCCAGGAGUCGGUAGGAGAGACCAGCUCUCAGAGUGUGGUGGUGGCUGUGGACAGGAUCUUCACUGGUUCGACCAGACUAGAUGGAAAUGCAAUCGUGGACUUUGUGCGGUGGUUGUGUGCGGUGUCUAUGGAUGAGCUGGCCUCGACACACCAGCCGAGAAUGUUCAGCUUGCAAAAGAUCGUGGAAAUUUCCUACUACAACAUGAACCGCAUCAGGCUGCAGUGGUCUCGAAUUUGGCAGGUCAUAGGAGACCACUUUAACAAGGUGGGCUGCAACCCCAAUGAGGAUGUAGCCAUUUUUGCCGUGGACUCACUGAGACAGCUCUCCAUGAAGUUCUUGGAGAAAGGAGAGCUGGCCAAUUUCCGCUUCCAGAAAGACUUCCUCAGGCCGUUUGAGCACAUCAUGAAGAAGAACAGGUCCCCCACUAUCAGAGACAUGGUGAUUAGGUGUGUGGCUCAGAUGGUCAACUCCCAAGCAGCCAACAUCCGUUCAGGCUGGAAGAACAUCUUCUCAGUGUUUCACCAGGCAGCCGCCGACCAUGACGAGACUAUAGUGGAGCUGGCCUUCCAGACCACUGGGCACAUUGUCACAAACACUUUCCAGGAGCACUUUGCAGCUGCUAUAGAUUCGUUUCAAGAUGCAGUGAAGUGCUUGUCUGAGUUUGUGUGCAACGCAGCUUUUCCUGACACCAGCAUGGAGGCUAUCAGACUCAUCCGGCACUGUGCUAAAUACGUCUCAGAAAGACCACAGGCUCUGAGGGAAUACACUAGUGAUGACAUGAAUGUUGCCCCGGGCGAUCGGGUGUGGGUUCGUGGCUGGUUUCCCAUUCUGUUCGAGCUUUCUUGUAUCAUCAACCGCUGCAAGCUGGAUGUUCGGACCAGAGGUCUCACAGUCAUGUUUGAGAUCAUGAAGAGUUACGGCCACACCUUCGAGAACCACUGGUGGCAUGACCUCUUCAGAAUCGUCUUCCGCAUCUUUGACAACAUGAAGCUCCCUGAGCAGCAAACAGAGAAAACCGAGUGGAUGACAACAACAUGCAACCACGCGCUGUACGCCAUCUGUGACGUGUUCACUCAGUUUUAUGAGCCUCUCAGUGAAAUCCUGCUGGUUGACAUUUUCACACAGCUACAGUGGUGUGUCAGACAAGACAACGAGCAACUGGCUCGAUCAGGAACUAACUGUCUGGAGAACCUGGUGAUUCUGAACGGGGAGAAGUUCAGCCCAGAGGUCUGGAAAAUCACCUGUUCCUGUAUGUUGGAGAUCUUCCAAAACACCAGCCCUCACGCUUUGUUGACUUGGAGACCGGCUGGACAGGAUGAGGAAACUGCUGAUGGGAAGCACUUUGAUGCGGAUUUCGACAGUCAGUCCCAGAGCAGCUACGACAGAGCUCUGUCAGAGAGAGGACACAGUCAGAUGUCCAGCGAUGACACCUGGAAGGGAAAGUCCAAUGCUCAUCAGAAACUGUUUGCUGGGCUGCUGAUCAAAUGUGUGGUACAGCUCGAACUAAUCCAGACCAUAGACAACAUAGUCUUCUACCCAGCAACCAGCAAGAAGGAAGAUGCUGAGAACAUGGCUGCUGCACAGAGAGAUGCUCUGGAAGAGUCGGACGGUGGAGACCAGGGUCCAGAUCAGGGUAUGUACAGACACAUGACCUCUGCACACCUCUUCAAGCUGCUAGACUGUCUGCUGGAGUCACACACCUUCGCCAAGGACUUCAACUCCAACAACGAACAGAGGACGGCACUCUGGAGGGCAGGGUUUAAAGGGAAAUCCAAACCCAACUUGUUGAAGCAGGAAACCAGCAGUCUUGCAUGCAGCCUGAGGAUCUUGUUCAAGAUGUACUCUGACCCUCAGCUGAAGGACUCGUGGCCUGACAUCCAGACACGCCUGCUGCUGGUGUGUAGCGAAGCUCUGGCCUACUUCAUCAGUCUGACCUCAGAGAGCCACAGAGAGGCUUGGAACAGCCUGCUCAUGCUGCUGCUCACCAGGACGCUACGGCUGCCCGAUGACAAGUUCAAGCCCCAUGCUUCCUGCUACUAUCCCCAGCUGUGUGAAAUGAUGCAGUUUGACCUGAUCCCUGAACUGCGGGCCGUCCUCAGGCGUUUCUUCCUGCGCAUCGGCUCCGUCUUCCACAUCGCUGCUCCAGAGGGGGCGUCUGCUCGGUCUCCUGCAUCCUAGAUUUGGUGGAUGCAGAAAGGAGUGUAGGGGGUGGAUGGGGGAAAUGGAAAUGAUGGAGGUGGACAUAACAUAUAAGAGACUUUUCCCCUCUUCUCUCUUGGGCUGGAGACAGAUUACAGAGGGGCUACAAUGUCCGCAGGAAGAUAACAAAGACCGUAGCUUUUCCGUCUCAGUUCAGGACUCGGCAUUAAAGUGUUCAGCUUUUCUACCACACUCGGCUUGUAGAAAAGUCUUCACCCUGUACUUCCUCCCUUCUUUCUCUCGGGGAUGAACAGCACUGUGACCAGCACUCUCUGCUGACUGUUGUCAUUCAUCAUCCCCUGACUCAUCUCAAACUGUGAUGACUAGAAAAGAAGUGUAAACAGAUAAUUUAUUGAUAUUGUUGCGAACCCUGUACCUGAUUUUUCUUUAUUUAAUACUCAACAAAAGAAAGUAUAUCUACAUGCUGAAAGCAAGUGAGGUACACCAUGAAUUUGAUGAAUCUUUUAUUUGCUCUUUGCGAAAAAUCUCUGUUGGCCGCCUGUGCCUGUUAGAAAAUGAUGACACCAUCAGUGUCGCCCUUCUUGUGAUUUUUGGUGAUCGAAUCAAAAAUGUUGUGAUAUCCAUCGUGUACCAGAACCCAAAGCAUUGUUUGUCACUUUAAUGUUUAUGUUCCUUGUUAUUUGUGUGUUAUUUGGUUGCGGGCUCUUUCCAUGUAGGAGAGACUGAAACUCUCAUCUGCAUUUCUUAACAACAUUAUCAGAGGUCAAAUGCAGCUUUGUUUGGGACAUCUUGCUCUCUGUGACACAACCGUCCUGUCAUCUUUAUCAUUCUUGCCUGUCAAUGAGAUUUUACUUAUUUAUUUUUGCUCAUUUUCUUUCAUUUGUUUUAUGAAAAUGUUUCCGGGAUAAUUGCUGGUUUACAAUGAAAUGAUGGUAGAAGGACUCUUAUCAUACAUUCCUUCAUGUGUUGACCCACUAAGCCUUAACGCUGAAGGAUUUAACAUGGAGUCAACUCCUCCUGGUUUGCAAACCCUCCCACUAAUCCAUCAGUCAGCUCUACUCCACCCUCGCCUGCUGCAGACAGUGUGCUCAUGUAUGAACACCACCCAGUGGACCGACCACUGGUUGGAAUGCUCAUCAGUGUUUUGUCAGAUUCAACAGAAGAAUUGGGACCGGAGCAAAACCAAAGCUCGCAUCUACAGAGGCACUGGAAUCUCUGCACCCUGGAUCCUUGGUAGUUUAUUCCAUGCCUUUUUUUAAAAGAAGGAUGUAUGUAAUUAUUUUAAGUGCAUUUAAAUAUUUUUUUGAGAAGCAUUCCUGUCCGCGCAACUAUGGAUGUCUACUUUUCUUCCCUUAAGCUAGGGAAUAUAUAAAUAUAUAUAUAUACAGUAAAUGGGAAAAAAUGCCGACUGUAAAGUUUUCAGUGUAAGAUACAGAGAAAAGAAAGUGCUAUACAGUUCUAUACAUAAUAUUGUGAUGUAAUCUUUCAAGCAUUUGGUGAAGUAAUCAAUAAACCUGAAUUCUGAUCCAG